AUGGGCAUCUCCAAAGACACUGGCGAAAGCAAGGACAUAUCUGCAGAACAUGCAGAGUUCCCAACCGGAGCCUCCAGGCCCUUCCAGAUCCCAGAAGUCACUUGGUGGAAGCAUGCUGGACUGCGAAAGCUCUAUAUAAUGAUGCCAAUUCUGUUCCUUGGAUCGACAAUCAACGGAUAUGACGGUUCGCUCUUGAAUGGGUUGCAAACAAUGCCUCCGUGGCGGAACUACUUUGGUAGUCCGUCGGGUUCGGAUCUGGGCCUCAUGACAGCAAUUCAGAACAUUGGUGCCAUCUGCGCUUUGCUUUUCUCUUCGUAUCUCGCCGACUUGCUAGGUCGCCGACUGGGAGUGGUAGUUGGCGUUGUUGUGAUCUUCGUGGGUACCAUCAUUCAGGUCGUCCCGUCAGUAGAUCGAGGCAUGUUCAUGGCUGGUAGAUUCUUGGUUGGUUUCGGAUCAAACCUUAGCCAGGGUUCAGCCCCUCUGCUCGUCACCGAACUAGCCCAUCCUCAGCACCGCGGAACAUUGACAACCAUGUACAAUACAUUGUGGUAUGGAGGAUCCAUUAUUGCGGCCUUUACAGUCAUUGGGACAAUAAGAUACACGUCGGAUGCAUCAUGGAGGAUCCCGGUGGCCAUGCAAGCCCUCAUGCCGUUGAUCCAGUUCUUGGGCAUCUGGCUGCUACCGGAUAGUCCUCGCUGGCUAUGCUCUAAAGGCAGAGAUGAAGAGGCUUUCGAUAUCUUAGUGAGGUAUCACGGUAACGGCGACCGCAAUGACCCCUUUUGUGAAUGGCAAUUCCAAGAGAUCAAGAAUACAAUCAAACUGGAAAAGGAGAAUGCAGGUAAUAGCUGGGCACUCCUUGUCAAGACGCCCGGGAACCGAAAGCGUCUGCUCCUUAUUGCACUUGUGUCUUUCUUCUCUCAAUGCUCGGGAAAUGGUCUUGUUUCCUAUUACAUUCAUUCAAUUCUUACCUCUGUUGGGAUCGAAUCUUCCAACGAUCAGGCAAUCAUCAAUGGCGGACUGCAAAUAUGGUCCUUCAUCGUUGCAGUCGGAUUCUCAGCAUUCCUUGUGGAUGUUCUAGGACGACGAAAACUUUUCCUGAUUGCCGGUGUUGGAAUGCUAAUCACAUUUAGUAUCUGGACUGGAUGCUCCGCCGCUUACGCACAGAGCGAAGACUCUGCUGCCGGAAGCGCAGUGAUAGCAAUGAUAUUCUUGUUCUACGGAGUGGCCGGAUUUGCGUGGCCCGGCCUCACAAUCGCUUAUUGUGCAGAGAUUUUGCCCUUUAAUAUUCGAGCAAAGGGUCUUGCUGUCAAUCUUACCCUCACCGCGUUGGCAUCUGUCUUCAACCAGUACGUGAACCCGAUCGGACUCGAGAACCUGCAAUGGCGAUUCUACUUUGUGUAUAUCGCAAUUCUUGUCAUCGAGUGUCUUUGUAUUUGGUUUCUUUUCGUGGAAACCAAAGGACCCACCCUGGAAGAAAUUGCCGCACUGUUCGACGGGCAGGAAGCAAACUUGUCCAGCUCAGCCGAGAUGGGUAUGCAGUCGAAGACUAUGGAUGACGAGAAGCAAUAG